GUGGCGGUAUUUCAAUGUUAGCUAACCCAAAACGAAGAAGAGUCAUCUUUUCUGAUGUGGCUAGGUUCAUGGGCUAGGUCCAUGUUAGCCAGGUAGCACUCAUGGUAGCUCUUUCUUUUGGAUAUUAUUUCCCCAUCACUAACUCGCCAUGGGCAAGAGAGACAAUCGAGUGGCUUACAUCAACCCCAUUGCAGCUUCACGAGCCAAGGGACCGUCUGGUAACGCCGGACCAACUAUACAAGAUUAUUUAGGCAGACCUCGGCCAACAUGGGAGGAGUUAAAGGAACAGCUGGAGAGAAAGAAGAAGGGCUCUCGAGCCCUGGCCGACUUCGAGGACAAAAUGAACGAGAAAUGGAGGAAAGAACUGGCUAAAAACCGAGAGAAGUUGUUGAGUGCAAUUGAGAAGGAAAAAGAGAAGAAGACAGCGGACAAGGAAAAAGAGAAAAAGACAAAAAAGAAGAAAGAGAAGAAGAAAUCCAACAGGCAUUCUUCAUCUUCCUCCUCAUCGAGUUCUGAUUCUUCCAGCAGCUCCUCCUCAGAAUCUGAAGACACAGAUGAAAAGAAGAGUGUGAAGAAAAAGCGUAAGAGAAAGAAGUCCUCAGUCAGGAGAGCGUCGAACGGCUCUGAGGACGACUCUGAUGCUGAAAGCAAGAAGAAGAAGAAAAGGAUCAAGGAAGAAGGGGACAAAGAUAAGGAUGACAAGAGCCGUAAAAAAAAAAGGAAGUCCGAGCGAAGCCAUAAAGACUCGUCUUCAGAGUCCUCUGCUGAAUCAGAGGGGGAAGAGGCUGAAGCCAAGAAGAAAAGAAGAAGUAGCGAGGAAAAGGACAAAAUCACAGACAAAUCCAAGAAGAAGAGGAAAAAGAAGCACAAGAAACACGGCAGAAAAAAGAAAAAGAAGGCAGCUUCUCAUUCAGACAAGGAGCUCGACUAAUGCCAGUGUCUCUGCGCUUCUCCCGUUGUGUUGUUUUUGCCGCUGACCUCCACAAAACCCUCAUAUCCAGCUUUGGUCAUCACAAUUGAAAAAGAUAUGUACAAACUUGCCAUGCUGGGGUUUUUAAGAGUGAAAUUGAGGCAGGCAGCUAUCUGUGGCAACUACCGGUUCAUGUUUACUGUUGAUUUGUAUCACCUUGCUUUUGUAGAUAAUUGUUCUUUCACCCACGGGACUGAGAUGAAUUCCCCGUAUUUCCCCCCCCUCAUCUUGGAGACUUCAGCGUGACCUGCUCUCACCUUCACCCUGGAGCUCCUCUUCUCUCCACUUCACACCCCACAUUUCUAGUUGCUAAAUGAGGCCGUCCUGCUAGUGCCUGCAUUGUGCAUGUAGACCUGAUGUCCCCCCAGCCUCAUAUUGAAGUUGGACUUAUAAGAAAUGUGAGCUGCAGAGUCAACAUUUAUACAAAGGAUACUUGUUCCGUUAGAUGAAUUGUUACAGUUUUGUGUACAUGAAUAAACAAUGGCAAUUCAUCAAUAAAGUAUUGUUUAACCUUUA